AUGUUCGAGGGCAAAUUUAAAGAGGGACAGGAGCAGACAGCAAUCUUGGAAGAAAUUGAAGGGGUCAUUUCAGUACAAAGUCUUGAGGCUUUCCUACAAUGGAUAUACCUGCACAAGAUCGAGUUUGAUUUGAGAGAGCCCGAACAUCAGAUUUCAGCAGCCAUAGAGUUGGCGCGGUUUGCAGACAUGUGCAAUGUGAGGACAAUGGAAUCUGAAAUAUCUCAGUACUUGAAGAGAGUUAUGAUCGACAAUCCAAGUCCCGAGAAAAACCAACUUGGAGAAGUUGACACCUUCUCUGUCAUCUCUCAGCAUAUAGUUUCAGCGACUUUUCUGCCUCAAGGCCACGAAAUCCGACGCCUUCUGGCUAUGGCGGCAGUGACAGGCUACCUUUGUUACGAGAACCACAAGUUCGCCCAGGAGACCAGAGACUACCCCACCUUUGGAGCCGACCUUCUCCAACAGGUAGGAUACACUCUACAAGGACUGAAGAUGCCUCGGUUAGCUAAGCCUGAGGUUACUUUUACGGAUCCACUCGACGGUUGUCCAGUUACAAUCCACAGAUUUCUUACUAAAUAA